AACAGUCUAUUUAAUGACACCACGGCUGGCUAUAUAGCUGCUCGAGUCACUAGAUCUGUCGCUGUGUCGGAAUCAUGUUGGGAAAGAUCGCGCUUCUCGUGUUGUCGUGUGCCGCCUGCCAGGCCUUCAUAUUAGGGAGAAAUCAAUCGCACUGGGAUGGAUUAAAAGUGACAUGGGGGAUCAACCCGUUCAGCUCGUUCCAGGGUGUUCCCAGAACAAAAGCGGAAGCGACCAGUGACGGAUGGGUCAAGAUGGACACCGGCACCGCCUGUCAAAACGGCCCAUUUCUUGGCGAGAGGUUCUGGAAGGACAGUGACCUAGGUGUGAUCCUUCUAUACGACGUCAAUGGUUACAUAGCCGGCAUCCAAGCUGGGAUCGAGAAGAACUACAGCCCCAACCCGAACCACUACCCGUUCCCUCCCCUGGUGAGCCACCCAAUGGUGGCGAAUGGGGCCCGAUUCUUCAUCACAGCGUACUUUGUUCCGACAGAUAAGAUCUGCAGUACCGGACGUACCGAGACGGAGUUCCGGACGCAGGGCACGGGGACCGGUCUGUGGAUCCAAAACGGCACAAACCCGCUAACGGACUCAGAGGCAAUCCCGAUGACCAUUGAGGCUGCCCGAGCUAGUCGGUGGACCGAGGGAAAGUGCUUCAUUUCAAUGGGAGAUCAUUUCUGGUAUAAUUUACACAAGGACAUGUCGUGUGAUAACCUUUACCCGAUGUUCCUACUCUACAAUGACAAUGUCCUCAACGGUUUUGGAUGGGCGUUUGCAAUGAACAUCCAGUCAUCCAAGCGUCUGGAACAUCCGGGCCAGAGCGUGUACGGGAGCUUCAUGAAGGAGGUUCCCACUUGUCUGAGCAGUUUGGGGACGCUUACCACGCUGCACAUCUACCUCACGAGCAGCGCCUACGGCGACACGUGUUAGCUGAGCGACCCCGUGACCACGAGACGAGGGCGUUUCCCGUCCACGUGACAAUCUUGAGGGUUUCCGGUGGACCGAGCAACAAAUUUCGCGUUUUACAAUGUGUGCAAAACAUCUGACACCGUUGCAAUAACUAAUUUAGUUUCCGUAAACCUUUGGGAUGAACAUUCGUUCAGUAGUAAAUCCGAGUAAAAAAAUAAACUGAAAUGUAGUA